AGGACGCCGAACUGGUUAUUGAAGACCCCGGAGGCGAAGAAGCGGAUUGCCGCGACGCCCCCCUCGGGCCCAUCCAUGCAGCGAAGGCUGCGGGAUGACAUUCAGACGGCCCUGCUGCAGGAUUCGGACACGCUUUUGGCAGUAGCCUUGCUGCGGCAGCACCGCUGCCGCGGCAAUCACAGCGUUUACGAGGCGGUGAAGCGCCACAAUUUGAGGGCCUUGGAGUUUCUGCUGCAGCGCCAGGCCGCGGAUCUGGACGAAGCCUGCCUGGGCUGUCGGCCAUUGCACUUGGCGACGCAGGCAUGCAUGUUCAACGGCGACGUGGGCUACUGCAUGACUGAGAUGCUGCUUCAGCACGGAGCCAGGCCUAGCAGCACCAAAGAGGACCUGGAUAUUGACCCGCCACUGCACGGCGCCGCAAAGCGAGGCUGUGCCCCUGCCAUGGCGCUGCUGCUACGUGCCAGGGCCGACCCGGACGAGGUGAAUGCCCAGGGGGAUUCCCCGUUGCAUUUGGCAUGCAGGCAGACGCCCUUCCAGCCCAGCGACAUGCAGAACGAGGUAGUGAGCUUGCUCCUGAGCCAUGGAGCCAUGCCCCUUGCUGUGGACGCUUCUGGAAACACACCCCGAUGCUACGUACAUGAGCGGCAUCUCCAAGAACAGCUUCAGAAGGCCGAGGGCCGUUGGAGCCGUUGGGAGGCGUUGCGGGCGCUGCGCUCUUCGAGGCAGUCUACCAAGAUCCUGCCCGAGCUCGUCGACAACAUCGUGAGCUUUUUCUGACGCGGCAGUUUUUGGCUGAAAGCCGGCAUGUGAGCAAUGCAAGCCUGACGCAAGCCGUAUGCUUUGCGUUUUUGCAUGUGGGUGCAAGUAGUGUACAGACCAAAUUCGAUGCAACCCUUAUGAUGCCCUUCCCCCAACUUCUUGAGAUUGUCAGGGAGUUGGUAUUCUCUGCGACAUCUGGUGCAAAGGCACUGAGGGCAUGAU